ACAAUUGAUGCGUUUCCAGUUUCUAAUGAAAACUAUCCGAAGGCAUUGGAUAGACUUAAGGUUCGGUAUGACAAUGCAACCUUAAUAUUUUUAGAAAACAUAUGUUCGUUGUUGGAACUUUCGUCAGUUUCCAAGUCCAAUGGCGCCCAGUUGAGAAGUCUCAUUGACAAAGCGUCUGCAAUUUACGGCUCAUUAUUGUCAUUGGGCACAGAAAGCCAAAUUUCACAAGCCAUGCUUAUUUAUUUAGUUUUACAGAAGGCAGAUGAGGAGACAAACCGUAAAUGGAAGGAGUCUCUAGAUUUUAAAACAUUACCGACCUGGAACGAUUGCACCAAGGUUUUGGAGAGACAUUGCCAGUACCUAGACUCAAUUGAUAACACUCACGCCGUUGGAUCCGUACGCCAAAUUGCUGCCAAAGCGCCCAAAGCAAAGAAUCAUCACAAGAGCCAUUCAUUUGCUUGUUCGAGUGCGUCAUGUUCGAUGUGCUCCAGCACAAAAUACAUAGUUGAGAUCGCUUCAAGGCACUUAAUGUGUCACAGCGUUUUGACCACGCAAAGAAGAUGGGCCUUUGCAUAAAUUGUUUGUCAAAGGGCCACCAACUAUCGAGUUGUCCAUCUUUGCACAAAUGUAAGGUUUGCUCUCGACAGCACCAUAGCCUGCUUCAUCGAGUAACUACGUCCGACUCGUCUACCUCUCCGCCGUUCAUACGCACAUGAACAACUCAUCGCAGGAUCACAUAAUUCUCGCCACUGCUAUAGUUUUGGUUCGCGACGCAUCUGGUGGUUAUCGACUUGGCAGAACAUUGUUGGAUUCCUGCUCCCAGGUAAACUUCAUUACGGAUGAAUUAUCACAAACCCUGAUGCUUCCACGGAGAAAACAUAACACUGAAAUUAAAGGUAUCGGUAAGUCAUCUACAAACAUCAAAUAUACGACCUCUACCAAUAUAAAAUCGCAAGUGACAGAAUUCGAAUUACCACUCACGUUUUGUAUAACAUCGCAUAUAGCCUAUCAGCCUGAACCGGAAAAAGAUACUUCGUCUUGGGACAUCCCAUCCAGUAUUGUGCUUGCAGACAAUCAAUUUUACAAAUCUAAAAAAAUCGACUUGCCUUUAGGAACGGAAAGUUUUUUCAGUUUACUUUCAGUGGGCCAAAUAAAACUUGGUGAUAGUCUACCAAUUCUGCAGAAAACGCUUUUGGGUUGGGACGUUUCUGGACGCUAUCGUGCGAGCUCUAACACGCUUAACACCAAAUGUUUACAUGCCUGUGAAGAGUCCAUAGACUCAAGACUGGAAAAAUUGUGGCAGAUUGAAGAAGUCACUUCAAAGGCGGACGUGUGGACUCGUGAGCAACACAGUUGGGAAAAACUUUAUAACGACACCGUGACUCGGAGCCCAAAUGGUCCAAUUGUCGUAAAACUGCCGUUCAAGGACGAUCCUGCAUGCUUGGGUGAAUCGUAUACCACAGCUUUGCGUCGUUUUAGUGCACAAAAACGUCGUCUGCUACGCUCUCCUAACCUCAGGACACAGUACAUCGAAUUCAUGGACGAAUAUGAGAGACUAGGCCACAUGCAGGUAGUUCUGAGCCCGAACUUAAACCAGCCUCACUAUUACAUCCCCCAUCACCGCGUUCUGAAGCCAGGUAGCACAAAAAAGCUAAGGGUUGUCUUCGACGCAUCUUGUCAGACCACUACUCAAACCUCAUUAAACGACAUCCAAAUGACAUCGUUAAAAUGUAUCGGCAGGUGUUGGUCAGUGAAGAACAUCGAAGGUUCCAGUACAUCUUGUGGAGGAGUUCGCCUAACCAGGAAAUUCAAACCUUCCAGCUUAAUACGGUCACAUACGGAAUGGAGGCCGCACCAUACCUCGCGGUACGUAGUCUGCAUCACCUUGCUGAUCAACAUGCAUCGCAAUUCGUCGUUGGUGCAAAUGUCGUCAAGUCAUCUUUCUACGUUGAUGGCCUGCUGUGCGGUGCUGACUCGCUUACGGAACUUUCGCGAAUAAAACACGAGGUAACGGAGUUGCU